AUUAAAUCGUUUAAAUUAAAAUGACCAUUAUUUUAGUAUAUCUUGCAGCAGUGAUGCUCACAGCACUAGGCAUCUUAAUUGCAUAUAGAAAGUGCAUACUUCGUUCCAAAGCCAUACCAAAAAUUUGGGGAGUUCCCAUUUUAGGAAUACUUAUGCAUCUAAAGAGCUACGACUAUCAAAAAAUACUCACCAAUGUCCUAAGAAACAAAGGAAAAAUUUGCGCUGUUCAAUUGGGGUCGUACGAAUGUUUAUGGCUAAAUGAUCAUAAAGUAAUUCGCGAGGCCUGGAGCAACCCUGCUUGUUGUGGAAGACCAAAAAUGCAAGGAAUCGUUGACAGAACUGCUGGGUUUUUAGGAGGAAUAAUAUUCAACGAGGGACAGGACUUUAAGGAACAGCGGAGUUUUACCGUCUCUCACUUGAAAGACUUGGGACUAGGCAAACAGUGCAUGGAGGGCGUUAUUAGUUCAGAAGUGGACACAGUUAUCGAAACAUUAGUUCAAACUAAGGGCCAGCCCCUCUCCACUCGUCACUUGUUUAAUGUGGCAUCGCUCAAUGUUCUAUGGGGGAUUAUCAGUGGGGACAGAUAUCGGCAUGAUGAUCCAGCUUUGAAUAAUUUAGUGGAAUCUAUCACAAGAAACAUGGAACUUCAGGGUGGUGCAAUGGUUGGAUUUUUUAUUCCAUGGCUAGCACAUUGGUUUCCAAAUCUAGUCGGAUGGACAUCGUAUUUAUCUGAUGCUAAUAAGGUGUUCAAGUUUUGGCGACAAUUUGCUAAACGCAGAAUUAAAUCUUUUGAAAUGGCUGACAAGGGGCAUGGACCAACUUGCUUUGUGGACAUGUAUAUUCAGCACGUUAAACAGUGCAAGUCACUGACAUCAAGCUUUUUCGGAGACAAAGGAGAACUUUCACUAGCCUCAACUUUGCAAGAUUUAUUCAUUGCUGGAACCGAAACUACUUCAGCCACACUUUCUUGGCUCAUGCUACACCUCGCAGUGUUUCAAAAUUAUCAGGAAAAUAUUUAUCAAGAAAUUUGCCAUGUCGUUGGUGACAGAAAACCGUCCUUGGGUGACAGGAGAAAAAUGCUGCUGACGGAAGCUUUCAUCUCAGAGACGAUGCGACAUGUCACCCUCGCUCCUCUCGGCAUGGUUCACUGCACGACGGAUGAUGUUGACCUCUGUGGCACAUACUUUAUCCCAAAGGGUACAAUUUUACAUGCAAACAUUUGUGCUGCACAUCACGACCCGUCGCAGUGGGAACGUCCCCAUCACUUUUUCCCAGAAAGGUUCAUUUCUUCUGACGGAAGCAAGCACCUUCAGCAUGACAGCUUUCUCCCAUUUUCCUUCGGAAAACGUCGCUGUCCUGGUGAGUUAUUAGCAAGGCACGAGUUAUUUCUUUUCCUAGUGGGAAUUAUUCAUCAGUUCUCAGUUACGAUCGAUCCAUCUGAGAUUGAGGAUUGUCUUAAACCAAAAUUAGGGGUUUCCGCUACUCCUAAGCCACACUUGUUAGAAUUUCAUCAACGCCAAUGACAUUGAUCUUUAUUAUACUACAAAUUUUUUCAUAGAUACAUUGUAUACACACAUAUAGCAGUACGUUCUUUCGAAAAUAAAACCUAACCAGUAUUCGUUUUCAUAGUA